AGAUGCCUCCUCUGUGAGGCGAGCGACCGCCACCAUCAUCCCCCACCAGUAUUACUCCAGCUUCUGCAUCAUCAUCAUCAUCUUCUUCAUCCCUGAGCUAUCAGGAUGUUGGAGGGGCUCGUAGCCUGGGUGCUAAACACUUACCUGGGAAAAUAUGUCAGCAAUCUGAACACAGAUCAGCUCUCCAUUGAGCUACUUAAAGGUGCAGUGGAACUGGAAAACCUGCCACUGAGGAAAGAUGCCCUCCGAGAGUUUGACCUGCCAUUUGAAGUCAAAACAGGAUUUAUUGGGAAGAUCACUCUGCAGAUCCCAUUCUACCGGCCUUACAGUGACCCAUGGGUCAUCUCCAUGUCCCAGCUCAACCUCAUCAUCGGCCCCACGCAGCCGCAGGAGUUUGACGCAGAGAAGGAAAAUGAGGAAGCGAGGGAACGCAAAAAGUACCUCCUCAGAACUAUUGAAGAUAAAUUCAAAAGUGAAUGUGAGCAGAGAGGAGAGUCGUACUGGUACUCUGUCACCGCCUCGGUCGUCACCAGGAUUGUUGAAAACAUUGAACUGAAGAUCCAAAAUGUUCACCUACGGUUUGAGGAUGACGUUUCCAUCGCGGAGAAGACCUUUUCUUUUGGCGUUUGCAUUAGCAGCGUGUCGGCUCAUAAUCCCUCAAAAGAGUUGAUCCAUAAGCCUUUCAAACAAAAGCAGCUGGAGAUUGAAGACUUCAGCGUUUACUGGGAUACCAAGUGUGAAAUGCUGGGAAAGCUGCCUGCAAGCCAGGUCCAGGAUGCGAUGACUCGGUGCAUGCAGAGUCGCCAGCACCAGUACAUCUUUGAGCCAGUGUGCGCCUCUGUGCUGCUCAGGAGAAACACCUCCAGGGAGCCGCUGAGGACCCGGAACAUCCCUCGGAUCGAGGGCCAGAUCCAGCUGGAGCCCAUGUCUUUACGUCUGUCCCAGGUUCAGUACCAGCAGAUCAUGGCUUUCCUCAAAGAAGUGGAGCGCAGAGAGAGAGGGAUGCUGUACAGAACAUGGAGACCCAAAGUCCCGAUUUCUGGGAACGGCCGCAUAUGGUGGCUGUUUGCCAUUCAGGCCAACCUGAGUGACAUCAGGGAGCAGCGGAGGCGAGGCAGCUGGGCGUUUGCCCUGCAGCGCGCCCGGGACGCCCAGACCUACACCGGCCUCUACUUCAGGAGGCUGAAAGCCGCCUCCCUGAGUCCAGAGGACGAGGCUGAACUAGAACGAGUUGAAGAGGAGCAGACACUGGAGGAGCUGCAGAUUCUCAGAGAAGUUGUCCAUGACAGGUUUCGAUUGCAGGAAGAGAUGGCAGAUAACAUUCGGGAGCCUAGCGGCAGCCCCCAGGCUGCUCCGCCUGCCACAUCCGUUCCUAAAAGUGGAAGCUACAGAAUGAUUCAGUACCUGCAGUCUUGGUUCCCUGGUUGGGGCGGCUGGUCUGGGAACGCGGAGGAUCUGGAGACACCUGAAGAACUCCUGCCAAGUCCAUCAUCCUGGGAUAUUCUAGCAGAGACAGGGGAUUUGUUCGACCCACUGGAGGACUCACACACUCUGAACACCUUCACCAGACGAGACUACAUGUUUGCUCGACUGGAGUUCUUUUUGGAGAAGGGCGGAGUCACUCUUUUUCACGAGGAAAGGAGAGCGGACUCGAUGCACGAGAGUGGAGUCCUCCAGCUGGAGUUCUCAGGAGUGAAGGUGAUCGUGGAAUCUCUUCCUCGCUCGGAGUCGUCCUUGCUCUCCGUGAAGCUGGGCAGUCUGUUCCUCAGAGACCUGACCACUCAGGGCACCAUGUUCCCCUUCCUGGUGUCGCCCAAACUGGACAAAGUUGUUGUUGCCCUUAGUCAGUCCAUGAGUCAGCACAGCGCUGCUGCUGAGUGCGAUGCUGAGUGGACUUCUCCAGUGUUCGAGAUGAUAUACGAGCGCAACCCUGUGAGGUCCAAAUUUGAGAGGAGGCUGGAAGUGAGCACCAGUCCAUUAAACAUCAUCUACAAUCCACAAGCCAUGAAAAAAGUGACUGAAUUCUUCUAUAAAGGAAGAGUUCACACUUCAGGGUUUGGCUACCAGUCUGAGCUGGAGCUAAGGGUGGCCGAAGCGGCAAGGAGGCAGUAUGACAAGCUGAAGAAGCAAACCAAGGCAGAGAUUCGACAAACUAUCGACCAGCUGCUCGUUGGAGAGUUCAUUGAGAACGGCAAGCGCUGGACGAUGAAGCUGGAUAUUUGCGCGCCUCAGGUGGUUUUCCCCGAUGACUUCCAGUCGGAAGACCCGAUGCUCGUUGUGGUGGACUUAGGCAGGAUCCUUCUGACCAACUCUCAAGAUGACAGCGUCAUCAGCUCUACAGCUGCUCAACCUCAGCAGGACGUCCAGAGUGACGAAGAGUACCAAACUCCUCUGGCCACCCCGCCCGAGUCUCCGCUUGCAACCGAAGUGCCUUCAAAAACGCUGUUUAAAAACCCAGAACUUCCCAACCUCAGAUCUCCGGAGGCUGUGAAGGCCUACAGCAAAAAGCUCUAUGAGAAGUACUGCCUUUCAUUCAAGGACCUGCAGAUUAUGGUCGGGCGCUACAAGGACAGCUGGAAGCACCUCCAGGACAGCGAAGUGGGACCAACCCACGUUGUGGAGAAGUUUAACGUCCUGCUGCAGCUUGAGCAGCGGCUGCGCUACACUUCGGACCCUCAGCUGCCCGGUGCGGUGCUGUCGGGAACGCUGCCGGAUCUAAAGGUGCACAUCAACCUUGAGAAGAUGACCGCCAUCAGGACUUGUCUGGUGCGGCUAACCGGGCCAGCAGAAGGCGACAGCGGCUCGGGGAAAGAUCCAAGCGUAGGGUCCCCUGACCCUCCCACGCUGCGCCGGGACAAGAUCUUCCACAGAGUAGACAGUUCGUGGAAACUCCACGAUUCUGCCAAAAACCUGACGCAGAGCGUGAUGACGUUAGAGCAGCACACACGGGAAGUCCUGGUGGAAUCCCACCUGCUGUUGGCUGAGUUCAACAUCAACUACAUGCAGCUCGGUGUGGAGAGCAACGGCCGCUAUAUUUCCGUUUUUAAAGUGUUUGGCACUAACGCUCAUUUUGUCAAGCGACCUUAUGACGUAGAAGUCGCUCUGACCGUUCAUGGAUUUCUGCUGGUCGACACGCUGCAGACGUACGGCUCCGACUUCGACCUGCUCGUUGCGUCUCAUAAGCAUCUAAGCUUUGACGUUCCCACCGGUAGCCUCAGGGAAAGCCAGCCGUCUUCCCCCACUUUGUGUGACGAGCGGACCUCUGAGCAUCCUGGAGUCCAUUCUGGGUCAUUCUCUGAUCUCUCCCCUUGUAGUUCCUUCCUGAAAGACCAAGACGCCCUCAUUAGGCUCGAGUACCAGUUUGUGAGCUCAGACUGUCCCUCCAUGGACCUCAACAACUCCCUCCAGGUCACCAGCAUUCAGGUCAACAACCUGGACAUCAUUCUCAACCCUGAGACCAUGGGGGAGCUGCUCAAGUUCCUCCAAAAGUCUUUCCCCAAAGAGGAGAAUGCAUCAUCCACCCAGGAGUGUCCAACGCAGCUGUCCAGUGAGGAAGACGACCGGGCCUAUCAGGCAACGUACGACCAGAACAAGGAGCUAACCGUGGAGAUCCACCGCCUGAAUCUGCUGCUCCUGCGGACUGUCUCCUCCGGCACCGCCCUGGCAGUCGAGAAGAAGGGCCUGAAGAUCGCCACCGCCAGCAUCUCUGGCACCAAGGUCAACGUUUCCCUGGGAAGCUGUUUGGACGUUAGCGGUUCCCUGGGAUCAUUGCAGCUGGUGGAUUUAACCCAAGAGGCAGGAAGAAACCAGUUUGUGGUCAGCAUUGGGAGUGCUGAGGACAGCUACUCGAGACCCCAAGGUUUAACGUUUCUGCCCGACGACCGAGAGUCUCCAACAGAUGCUCUGAACUUUCAGUUGAAGGAGAAAUCUGAGGGAGAGUAUUCCUUGAAGCUAGAAAUGGCGUCUCUGCACUACAACCACUCAGCCAGGUUCCUGCGUGACCUCACACUGUCGGCCAACGAACUGGAGGACAGUUUCCGCUCCGUGUUCAAAAACGCCGCCACGAGCGUGUCGACGGUUCUUGCCUCCAAGACGGCGGAGUACAGCGGCAGGGUUUUGCUCUUCGAGACACCGUCACGGAGAACCCACACUUCCAGCCAUAGCUGGGGGAGUUCGUUUGACCACGAGGAGGACGUCUCCGUUGGGCAGCCCGAAUCCGCCCUGGACACCUUCUUCGUGAAGCUGACCCUCAACAUCAGCAUCGAGUCGCCCGUCGUAUCCUUUCCUCGGAAACCCGGACACCCCGAGCUGUUGGUCGGCCAUCUGGGGAGCAUUACCAUCCAGAACUUUGUCAAUGACGAAGACUCUCAGGGAGAGAGGCUGGAGGUGCUGGUGAAGGACAGCCGACUGUACUCGGUCAACACGAGUCACUUGGUGUUGAAGAGAGCGCCCAGAGAGGAGAAAGCCGACACGUCUUCACCAUCCCACACUGGAAACGUCAACAAGGAUGAAUCCCAGUUCACACGCCACGACUUCUUCGAGUCCCUCAGCCGAGGAGAAGCCUUCCACAUACUGAAAGACACCACUAUUCACUUCACUUUUGAGAAAACUCCAGUCGAUGAGGAUUCUGAGUACAUCCUGCUGACCACAGACGAGCCCUUCAGAAGCACAGGCCAGCUGAGAGUCCACGGAAAAUUUGUCAACCCUGUUCAGGUUUGUCUGUGUAAACCCGUGUAUGAGCAAGUCCUCCAGACUCUGGACAACCUGUCCCUGAUUGAGGAGCAGCCUCCGACCCCCACCCAGCCGCCGACGCCGCCCCCUCCCACCCCGUCCUCCUCCAGGCCCCACGGCUUCCCCGACCCCCAGGGCGGCCUGUUCGCCAGAGACCCGCCCUCCAUCAGCUUCUCUCGCUCCUCCCUGUCCUCCCCGCUGUCCCUGCCGUCUCACCGGCCCGUCCUUCAGCCGCCAACCUUCACCCAGCUGAAGGUCACGCUCCUGGUGGCGGAGCUGCAGGUCCAGCUGAGCGCAGACCUCACGCAGGGUUCCCAGGGUCUGGUCAGCGUGCGCUUCCAGGACCUGGAGGGCCGCUUCACCAAGGACCACCCGCAGCUGCUGGAGGUGCAGCUGGCUCUGCGCGCGCUGCUGAUGGAGGACCUGCUGGACCCCAACCCCGACUCCAAGUACAAGCACCUGAUGAAGUCCCACGGCGUCCCCAAGCCGUCCACCUUCAGCUCCAAGGAGUACCUGUCCCGCAGCUGCCCGUCGACCUCCAACGCUCUGUCCCCGGACAUGCCGCGCUCGCUGCCCGCCCACAUCAAGGAGACGCAGAACGUCUUCCAGCCCUACCAGAGGCACCCCGCCACGCCGUCCGCCAGCCGCAAGUCUAAGAAGGACCCGGACUUCCCCAGCACUCCGCCUCCCUCUCCGACGCCGCGCGCCGGCUCCCCGCAGCCCGACUCCAACUUCGAGGACUCGUUGGUUCACAUCAAUGUGCUGCUGGUGGAGGCCGGCCACCCGGAGUUCAGGACGCGCUACGACAGCGUCGGCCGCAGUGUGGACGUGGACUUCAACUGCCUGGACAUCCUGAUCACGCUCCAGACCUGGGUCGUCAUCCUGGACUUCUUCGGCAUCGGCUCCACGGCCAACAACCAUGCGGUGAAGCCGCCGGCCACCGCCACCCAGCCAGUGGCCGGACAUCUGCUGUACGAGCCGGACGGCGGCGAAGAGGAGGAGGAGGGAGAGACAGCGCCGACGGUCAACACCAAGCUGGACCUCAAGGUUCAUUCUUUGACUCUCAUCCUGAACAAGAAGCUCCAUGAACUGGCCAGAGCGAGCGUGUCAAAACUCUCCGCUCAUCUUGAUAAGCGCGACGGCGACCUGAGGAUACACGGCAGUUUGGGCAGUCUGUCCCUGAGUGACCUGACCCCGCACGGCGACUUCUACAGAGAGCGCUUCACCACACAGGGAGGGGAGGCGCUGGUUUUCAACAUCUUCAGGUACGGCCGGCCGGAUCCCGACCUGCAGCGUGAGUGUGACGUCAAGGUGUUGCUGCAGAUGGCGUCUGUUCAGUACGUUCACACGCAGCGCUUCCAAGCCGAGGUGGUAGCCUUCAUCCAGCAUUUCACCCAGCUGCAGGACGUCCUGGGCAGACAGAGGGCGGCCAUGGAGGGCCAGGCGGUGCAUGAUCAGCCUCAGAGGGCAUCCAGGGUUCUGCUGGACAUCGACGCUGGCGCGCCGGUUCUGAUCAUCCCGGAAAGCUCGCGGUCGCCCCGGGUGAUCGUGGCCAACCUGGGCCAGCUGAAGGUGCAGAACGUCUUCCUGCCGGCCGGGUCGCACGGAACCGUUUCCCUCCGAGACAAGGUAGAGAAACUCACCAUGGCGCACGCCUUUUUCCCCUCUCUGGAGCGCGUCAGGAGCGCAGCCGAAGGAACGAGUAAUGCUCAGGCUCAGGAGAAGCCGAGAAGUUUCCCUUCCGGCUCCGCCUCAUCGUCAGGAUUUGGCCUCAGCAGACCCAAAGCGGUGAACAGCAGAACCGGCCCUGAGGACGAGGACCGGACCAGCUCGGAAGGCCAUGUGUGUCUGUUGGACUGCAUGGCCCUGGACCUGCAGGAGAUGGACAUCUUUGCCGCGGAGCGCCUGCCCUGCUGGGACAGCACCGGGAAGCCCGAGCCCUCGGACCUGAUCUUCCCUUCCUACUGGGUCCGUCGAACCGGAGACAACCUGCUGAAAGACUGCUGCCGCCUCACGCUGAAGGUGGAGCGCAACCUGGACAAGGAGCUGAGCCACGCCGUGCCGGACACGUCCAUUCACGGCAGCCUGUCGUCGGUUCACUGCUCCCUGGACAGGAAGCACUACCAGCUGAUCCGGGGCAUCCUGGAGAACAACCUGGGGGAACCGGUGGAGGAGUUCCUGCGGCCGUACAACCUGCAGCACCCCAGCAGCUACACGGUGUUGAGUGGAACCGUCUUCACCAACCUGUCCUUCCUGGUGGACAUGACGGACGUCAGCCUGGAGCUGCUGGACAGCCCCACCUCUGCUGACAGCAGGAACUCUUUGGCCAGGUUUGACUUUGUGAAAUCCAAAGUCCUGUUUGAGAGUUUGUCCGACGGCUCCAAGUCAGUGAACCUGGUGUCUCACUCUCUGCUGGCAAACGACACCAGAUACACUGACACCACGAAAAGCAGCGAAGACAGCAGGUUCAACGUGUUCGACUGCAUCCUGCAGCCUUCGAAAACAGGAACCAACCGGGCGUCUCUGCAGCUGGAGCUGCACUACAGAUCCACACGGGACUCGUCCAGCUUCACGGUCGUCCUCAACAACCUGCGGGUCUUCCUGAUCUUCGACUGGCUGCAGCUGGUGCAUCACUUCUUGCAGCUGCAGCCUGAAAACGCCCCAAACGACAUGGAGAGUCAGCAACCCUGCACUGGAUCCGGCAGCACCGCCGCAUCCGGCAGCACCGCCGCAUCCAGCAGCGCCGCCGCAUCCGUCAUGCCAAAGACGGUGAAGAGCGGCGUGGUGACGAAGAGGUCCACGGUGAUGGUCAGUCAGGACCGCUGCCUGGAGGUGAAGAUCAACGUCACAGGCACAGAGUUUGUGGUGGUGGAGGACGUUUCCUGCCUCGACACCAACGCCAUCAUCCUGAAGGGAACCACGGUCCUCACAUACAAGCCCCGCCUGGUGGACCGACCGUUCUCUGGCAGCCUGGCAGGAAUAGAGGUGUUCUCGUGCCGGCUGGGCAGCGAGCAGGAAACGGCGCUGUCCAUCAUCGACCCGGUCACCGUGCAGCUGGAGCUGUGCGGCAGCCCCACCUACCCCAGCAGCUCGGGGCUCCUGGACGCUUUCAACGUGGAGGACAUCCCGCCGCUGCUGGAGAUCCAGUUUCCUGCUCUAGACAUCCGUCUCUCGUACAACGACAUCCAGCUCUUCCUGUCCAUCGCCAAGUCCAUCUCUGCCGCCCAGGCUCCGCCUUCUCAGGCUGAUCCAUCCAAUGGAGCGCCGCCACGCAAAGAUGGCGCCCAGGAGAAGACGCAAAGCCUCAUCGAAACCAAGCUGAGCCACUUACAAAACCUUGGCUUCAGAAGAGAGGACUGCAAAAAAGCCCUGAGCAGCUGCAAAGGCCAGCUGAACCAGGCGGCCACCUGGCUGUGGGAGAACUCGGAGAACGUGGCGGGGCUUCCCCGAGGCCGGGCCGACUCCGGCAGCCACGCCUGGCCUCUGUCCGGCGUGGAGGUGAAGGCCGAGAGCGUCUGCAUCUGCUUCAUCGACGACUGCCUGGACUGUGACAUCCCGCUGGCUGAGCUUACCUUCUCCAGACUAAAUGUGCUGCAGCGCAUUGGCUCCACCCAGGAAGGAAACGCCAGCUUCACGCUGUCUGGAGACUACUACAACCGAGAGCUGUCAGGCUGGGAGCCGUUCAUCGAGCCCUGGCCCUGCGUCCUGUCCUGGCAGCAUCAGGCUGCGGGCCGACUCCACCCUCCACGCCUGAAGAUCGGCGUUCGAGCAAAGCAGAGGCUGGACGUCAACAUCACCUCGGUUCUGCUGGACCAGUACAAAACCACCAAGACUUCCUGGAUGGCAGACUACUGUAAGGCAGAAGAGCAGGCUCCUCCAUCUCCGCCCCCCCACUGGUUGGGGUCCUCGGUCGACCCGCCCGGCUUUGGACAGAGUGCGCCUCUGACUCACCUUAGAACUAGGAGCACAGCCAGCCUGACGAGCCUCGAGCAGCAGACUCUCUCCAGAGAUGUGAAGAUAUCAAAGAGGAGGCAGCCGUUUGUCCCAUUCGCACUGCGAAACCACACAGGAUGCACCAUGUGGUUCGCCACGUCGACCACAACCCCCACAAGGGUGGCGCUGUCCCACAGCAGCAGUGCUGACUCCAUCUCCGACCUCCAGAGAUCUCGAACUGACGACACUCAAAACCUCAGUCAGUGGAGGGAGGUUCUGCCCGGUGAGGAGAUUCCCUUUGAGUUUGAGGCCCGCGAGAAGCUACGUCACAGACACACUCAUGAGCUGAAGCUCCACCAGCUGCUGGUCAGAGUCUGUGGCUGGGAGCAAGUUGAGCCGGUGUCGGUGGAAAAAGUGGGGGUUUUCUUCAGAUAUGCUGCUCCGGACAGAAACAACUCUUCAAGCAUUGUCGGCAGCCUGAUCAGCAGGACCAACAUCACCCAUCCUCAUGUUUAUUUCUCAGAGCUGCCCCCUGCCAGGGUGGUGUUUGCCAUCACCAUGGAGGGCAGCGCCCGGAAGGUCAUCACCGUGCGCUCGGCCCUGAUGGUGAAGAACCGCCUGGAUGUUCAGAUGGAGAUCCGGAUGGAUAGUCCCUCUGCACCCGACAAGCCGGUGGUGCUGCCUCCCAUCAUGCCUGGCCAGGCGUUAGCCGUCCCCCUCCACUUGACCUCCUGGCGGCUGCAGGCCCGGCCUCAAGGCAUGGGUCUGUUCUUCUGCAAGGUUCCGAUCCACUGGACCAGCGUGGAGCAACCCGGAGAGGUCAAAAGCAGCAAGAGGGACUGCCAGUCAACUGAUUUUGACGAGUCACCUGAACGUAACUUCAGAUUCUGUGUGGUCAUCAAGAAGGAGAACUUUCCAGAGCAGAAGCCGGCGAAGUCGCAAGCUUCCGGCGGCGCUCAGCAGAUCUACCGGCAGCCGGGUCACACCAUCUACCUGCUGCCCACCGUGGUGCUGACCAACCUGCUGCCCUGUGACCUCAACUUCUACAUCAAAGGAACCAACAUCAGAGGCUCUCUGAAGCCCAGAGAGGAGGCGGUGCUUCACUCUGCUGACACGUCCCAGAACAUCGAGCUGGGAGUCCAUCUGGAGAACUUCCCUGAAUGCAAAGAGCUGGUGAUUCCUCCUGGCACUCAGAACUACAUGGUGGGCAUGAGGCUGUACGACACCAACAAGCAGCAGCUGAGUCUCACCAUCCGCAUCGUCCUGAGAGCAAAAGGAGCGCUGAAGAUCCUGGUCUCUGCUCCCUACUGGCUCAUCAACAAGACCGGUCUGCCGUUGAUUUUCCGUCAGGACAACACCAAAACCGACGCGGCGGGGCAGUUCCAGGAGCACGAGUUGGCCCGCAGCCUCAGCCCUCUGCUGUUCUGCUACACAGACAAGGAGCAGCCCUCCAUGUGCACGAUGCGGAUUGGGAAAGGGAUCCACCCGGACGGGGUUCCCGGCUGGUGCCAGCGCUUCUCCCUGGAUGGAGGGAGCGGAGUCCGAGCCCUGAACGUCACCCAGCCAGGGAACAAACCGGGACUCAUCUACAACAUAGGAAUCCACGUGCAUAAAGGGAAAGGAAACUACAGAGACACCCACAUAGUGACCUUUGCCCCCCGCUACCUGCUGGAUAACCACUCAACACACAAACUGGCCUUUGCUCAGAGAGAGUUUGCAAGAGGACAGGGCGCCUCCAACCCUCAGGGGUACAUUUCCACGCUGCCGGGCUCCAGCGUGGUUUUCCACUGGCCCCGGAACGACUAUGACCAGCUGCUGUGUGUGCGCCUCAUGGACGUCCCCAACUGCACCUGGUCCGGGGGCUUCGAGGUCAACAAACCAAAGUCCUUCCACAUCAACAUGAGAGACACGCUGGGGAAGUGUUUCUUCCUGCGGACCGAGAUCAGCCUUAAAGGAGUCACCUACCUGAUUUCCUUCACGGACACGGAUCAGCUGCCUCCACCGCUGCGCAUCGACAACUUAUCCGAGGUUCCGAUCCAGUUCUGGCAGCACGGCGUGGCCGACCUGUGGCUGAAGUCCGAGGUGAAGGCCGCGUCGGUGAUGGACUACGCCUGCGACGAGCCCACGCUGCCGCCGUGCAUCACCCUCAUCGUGAAGGGGGCGGGGUCGUCCGAGGUCACAGCCAACAUGAACUUCUUCAAGGAAUACAACAAGCUGUACUACGAGAACUUCAUCUACAUCGCCGCCACGCACACCUUCUCCCCGAACCUGGAGAGGAUUCCUGUUGGGAAGCAGCGGCUGGGGAGCGGCGCAGAGUUGGUUCUGGACGUGGACCCAAAAACCCGACGGGUCAUCCUCAGGAAAAAGGAGCCGGGGAAGCGCUCCCAGCUGUGGAGGAUGACCGAGUCCGGCAUGCUGUGCCACGAAGGCUCCUCCCCCCCCCAGAGCAAGCCGUCCCAGCCCCGACCGCUGGACACCUCCCUGGUCCUGGACAUCGCCGGGCUGGCUGCCGUCAGCGAUAACAGGUUUGAGCCGUUGAUGCUGAGGAGGCCCGACUCGCGCCGCAGCACCACCCAGACCUGGUACUUCAGCCAAGGCAUGCUGACCUGCGGCCUUCCCCUCCUGGUGGUUCAGGUGAAAAAUGGGGUGGCGGGGAUGCAUGACGGGGCGGAGGUGGUUCUGGGGCCGGAUUCGGGUCUGGAUCAGCCCGGUCCAGAGCAGCAGUUCAUCAACCAGAAGAUGAGACCUGGAUCAGGGGUGCUGUCGGUCCAGGUUCUGCCAGAUGGACCAACCCGCGUCCUCCAGAUCAGUGACUUCAGCCAGAGGAGGGCACUGUGGAGCUCCUCCAGCGAAGACAAGGAAGUCAGCAAAGAAGAAGAGGAGAAGCCGGAGCCUGAGCAGGAGCUGGAGGUGCUGGUUAACCUGGAGGACGGUCUGGGCGUCUCUCUGGUCAACAAGCUUCCUGAGGAGCUCAUUUUCGCGACGCUCUCUGGUGUGAACGUUCACUUCACGCACACAGCAGCCACCGAAGUCCUGGAGCUGAGCAUCCAGAACAUCCAGGUGGACAACCAGUUGCUCGGCACCACCCAGCCAGUGAUGCUGUGCGUCUCUCCCAGUACGGCCGACGACGGCGCCAUCGAAGACGGCCCCGCCCUGCAGGUCAACUCGGUCAAAGUCCCCAGCAGCCUCAUGCUCACCGAGCUCUUCAAGCACCUGAUGGUGACGGCGCGGCGCUUCACGGUCAUCAUCGACGAGAAGCUGCUGCUCAAGCUGCUCAGCUUCUUCGGCUACGGGAAGGCCGAAGCCGGGCUGGAGAACCUGGAUGAGAACCUGCAUGAGCGGCCCAGCGAAGACAGCGGGCCCCAGAAGCGGUACUACUUUGAGAACCUGAAGAUCAGCCUGCCUCAGAUCAAACUGAGCGUCCUGCCGUCCCACAAGCUGCCGCCGGACCUGAAGGUUCUUAAAGGCUCUCUGGGCUUCCCUCUGAUCCGCUUCGAGGAUGCGGUCAUCAACAUGUACCCGUUUACCAGAGUCCACCCCUAUGAGACGCAGGAGAUCAUCAUCAACGACAUCCUCAAGCACUUCCGAGAGGAGCUGAUGAGCCAGGCGGCGCAGAUCCUGGGCUCCGUGGACUUCUUGGGGAACCCGAUGGGCCUCCUGAACGACGUCUCCGAGGGAAUGACCAAGCUCAUCAAGCACGGCAACGUGCACGGCAUGCUGCUCAACGUCACGCACGGCGUCUCCAACUCCGCCGCCAAGUUUGCAGGCACGCUGUCGGACGGUCUGGGGAAGACCAUGGACAACCGGCACCAGAGCGAGCGGGAGUACAUCCGGUACUGCGGCGCCACCAGCGGGGAGCAUCUGGUGGCUGGGAUCCACGGCCUCGCUCACGGAAUCAUCGGUGGCAUGACGAGCAUCAUCACCUCCACCGUGGAGGGCGUGAAGACGGAGGGCGGCGUCAGCGGCUUCUUCUCCGGACUCGGUAAAGGUCUGGUGGGAACUGUCACCAAGCCCGUCGCCGGGGCGUUGGACUUCGCCUCGGAGACGGCCCAGACGGUGCGGGACAUCGCCAGCCUCAGCAGCCACAGGCUCCCGGUACAGCGCGUCAGGAAGCCGCGCUGCUGUAAGGGCCCUCAGGGCCUGCUGCUGCGGUUCUCAGCCACUCAGGCCGAAGGUCAGGAGCAGCUCUUCCGCCUCACCGACAACAUCCACUCCGAGUUCUUAAUGGCGGUGGAGCCGAUCGAUACCUACAGCGUCCUCAUCUCCUCCAAAGUGGUUUACUUCCUGAAGCCGGGCGACAGCGUGGACCGCGAGGGCAUCGUCCUGGAGGUCAAAUACGACGACCUCUUCCACUGCCUGGUCUCCAGGGAGUAUGGGAAAGUUUACGUCCAGCUCACCAAGAAGGCGGAGAACUCCACCAGCGGAGUGGCCAUUCCCGGACCCUCGCAACAGAGACCCAUGGUCCAAGUGAAGAACGAGACCCUCGCCUAUAAGAUCUCCCAGCAGAUCAACUACGCCAAGAGCCUGUACUACGAGCAGCAGCUGAUGCUGCCGGCCGACGACAACGAAGACUUCCUGCUGCUCGAAUUCUGACGUUUUCCUCCCAAGUUCUGAAGCGACUCGGCGGAAGGAGAAACAUGCAACACUCUAACGAACACUGAGACUCCUGAACUCUAAAACUGACAAAACCACUAUUUGUUCUGGACGUUCACCGACACACAGAACUGUGAAUAUGUCUAGAAGAACCAUAAACUCUGUAAAUAUUUAUAUAUGUUGUAAUAAUAAAGAUAGGAUAUUAACAAGAAGCCGAGCGUCUAAACUCUAA